AUGGAUACCUUCUUUAGAGAAUGUGACAACUUUAAGAAUGCAAAGCUCACACCUCCUGAUGUCCUAUUGGAUAACUUGGUUGCCGAAUUCAAGGAGGCUCAUCCCGAGGUGACACCUUUGACCAGGGAAGACAUUUUGUACUAUUAUCACAUCUGCUAUGAUUUGUCUAACGGAUAUACGUUUUUACAGGAUAUCAAGAUUGAAGACUCCAAGGUGCAAUUGAUGUUGUACAGUUUCUUGGACGUGGAGGACUUUGAAGAUCUCUCAAGUCCAAUUCUGUCGGUAGCCCAGGAAUUGAGUUUGAGCGAAGAUCUAGUGACCAAUUGGUUUGAUAUCUUUAAAUUGUUGAUGGACAUUCCAUUCCCUAAAGAAGGUGAAGUCAACCGUUGCCCCAUUUCUCCUCGGGAAUAUAACGGGUUUCAAAUCGGAAUUGAAGCUGUCUCUGAGCAGAUCAACGACACGGUUGAAAAAUUAUCUUUAGGUAAUUUUUUCAACCGUGAGAGCGGUAAUAAAGAAGGGUCAACAAAGAGUUCAUCACCCAACAACAAUUCCACUAGUGAAAAGCAGCAGAACAACAAAAAGAAGGAUAACAACAAACCUCCUUUUGCAUUUGAGAUUGACCUCACCCCCGGUCGGUUGUUCAAUAUAGGAUUCGUGGUGGUUGUAUUAGGAUACUUAUGGGCCAGAGUAUACUCGGAACGCUUUGUGGAAGUUACCUUCCAGAAGUUUACCACAGAUUUCUUGGAAAAAGGAUUGGUCAGUAGAUUGUUGGUGGUGAAUAACAAGACUGUAACCAUUGUUUUACAUGAUUCUGCAAAGGGUGAACGCUCCGCAGAAUACUAUUUCACUAUUGGGUCGGUUGAGUCAUUUGAAAAUGCCUUGAAACAAGUUCAAGAUCAAUUGAAUAUUGACCAAUCAGCCAGAAUACCAGUUGUUUAUACGACUCUGGGUUCCACCGCCAAAUUCUUGAUCAAUUUUGUUCCAACUAUUCUCUUGUUAUCCAUAAUCUACUAUAUGGGUAAAAGAGCCAGUAAUAUGGGAGGAAUGGGAGGACCAUUAGGAUUUGCAAAGUCCAACGCUAAGAAGUUCAAUCAAGAAACUGAUAUUAAAGUUCGGUUCAAAGAUGUGGCUGGUAUGAACGAAGCUAAAGAAGAAGUCAUGGAAUUUGUUAAGUUUUUAAAGAGCCCUGAAAAGUAUGAAAAACUUGGUGCCAAAAUUCCCAGAGGUGCCAUUUUGUCUGGACCUCCAGGUACUGGUAAAACGUUGCUUGCAAAGGCAACUGCUGGCGAAGCAGAUGUUCCAUUCUAUUCAGUCUCUGGUUCAGAAUUCGUAGAAAUGUUCGUUGGUGUUGGUGCUUCCAGAGUCCGUGAUUUAUUUAAAAUGGCACGAGAAAACGCUCCUUCUAUUGUUUUUGUUGAUGAAAUCGACGCUAUUGGUAAAGCUAGAACUAAAGGGAAUGCUAAUGGUGCUAAUGAUGAAAGAGAAACAACCUUGAAUCAGUUAUUGGUUGAAAUGGAUGGUUUUGAUACCUCCGACCAUGUUGUGGUUUUAGCUGGUACCAACAGGGUAGACAUUUUGGAUAAGGCUUUAACAAGACCAGGAAGAUUUGACAGACAUAUUACUAUUGAUAACCCCGAAUUGAGUGAUCGUAAGGAUAUCUUUGAUGUCCAUUUGAAGAAGAUCAAGUUGAGAGAAAACGUUGACCAUGACUUAUCUGGAAGAUUGGCAGCUUUGACUCCUGGGUUCUCUGGUGCAGAUAUUGCAAAUGUGUGUAAUGAAGCUGCCUUAAUUGCUGCCAGAUAUAAUCAAACUUCAGUGGACUUGAAGCACUUUGAGUUGGCCAUUGAAAGAGUCAUUGGUGGAAUCGAGAAGAAGUCUAAGGUAUUACUUCCAGAAGAGAAAAAGAUUGUGGCAUACCACGAAGCUGGACAUGCCAUUUGCGGUUGGUACUUGAGAUAUGCUAAUCCUUUAUUAAAGGUUUCUAUUGUUCCAAGAGGCCAAGGUACUUUGGGAUACGCUCAAUACUUACCUCCAGACCAGUAUCUUUUGAAUACCAAGCAAUUGGUUGACAGAAUGAUUAUGACUUUGGGAGGCCGUGUUUCCGAAGAAUUGUUUUUCAAAUCAGUUACUGGCGGAGCUCAUGAUGAUUUCAAGAAGGUCACCCAGAUUGCCCAGUCAAUGGUAUUGAGAUACGGUAUGUCUCCUGCAAUUGGAAUGGUCAAUUAUGCUGAUACUCGGUCGCAAGAUAAUUUGACCAAACCAUUUAGUGAUGAGACCAACAAAAUUAUCGAUGAAGAAAUUGAGAGAAUUGUCAGCGAAUGCUAUGAAAAGUGCCGGGACUUGUUACAGGAAAGAAGAACUGAAGUGGAGCUUGUUGCUCUGGAAUUAUUGAGGAAAGAGUUCAUUACCAGACAAGACAUGAUUAGGCUUCUCGGAAAGAGACCAUUUCCAGAAAACAACGAUGCUUUUGAUAAGUACCUCGACAGCAAGCCACCAUACCAAGACUUGCAACAACCAGAUGAACCUGCUAAUGCAUAA